AUGGCGGACUCUUCUCAAGGACGGACCGACACCGACAACCAAGUCGGCAGUGAUGUCGGUACACAAUCCACUUCGACGCGCCGCGUGCUGCUCAGGCGCAACCCGCACCUGCGCGACUCGAGCACCACCUCGUCGCCCGCGGGCUUCGGGUCGCUGGGCACGCGCCAGUUCCUGCACAAGCAGCUCAUGACGCCCGGGUCCGCCACCUCCGCGUCGUCGUUCGAGGAGGGCGCGUCCAUUGACGGUUUCUCGGACGCCGGCACCCCCGCGUCCGAGCAGCAGCAGCUACUGGGGAUCAAGACCUCGGUGAAGACCGAGCCGGCGGAGACUGUCACGCAGUAUGUGACGCGGUCGGUGUCCAAGCAGCCGACCAAGCGACUGUCGUCCCCCAGUCGAGAGUCGCUCGCCAGGAGACUCAUGGGCACGUCCACGAGCCAGCACGGCAUGCUGCCCGACGAGGAGAGCGUGACUAGAGUUGAUAUGAUGGAGGGAGGCCAGGAGAACGAGCUGCCUCCGAGCGGCAUGCUCAGCAACAUUGUGGUCAAGACCGUGCCGACUAUCAGCAUCCAUGAAGAGGGUGAAGCUUCGAUGUCUAUAUCGACGGUGCCGGUGUCGCCCCGGUCCGCUAAGGUGACGCGACGUAUCGUUGCGUCUCCGCGUAAGACGCUGCGUCGCGUGGUCAUGCGUCGCACGGACGCGGACGGAAAGGUCCACGAAGAGGUGCAGUAUGUGGACGCUGACGGCCAAGUGGUGCAGGGCGGCAAUUUCUUCAACGCUGAAGGGGGCGAGACGGAUACGACGACCGUCACGCGUCGUAUUUCGACGCCAGUGAAGACUCUGCGGCGUGUGAUUGUGCGACGCACUGGGGCGGACGGACAGGUCCACGAGGAGGUGCAAUUCGUGGACGCAGACGGUAAUGUCGUCGAAUGCGACGGCUCUGCUUCGGCCUCGACCUCCACAGUCACAACCAGCUCAACUACCAUCACUACGCCUACUCAAUCCUCAGUCACGCGCCGUAUUGUUACGCCCGCCAAGUUGACGCGCCGGAUUCUGCGUCGUACGGCAGCGGACGGCCAGAUCCUCGAGCAAGUGCAGUACCUCGACGCCGAUGGAAACGUCGUGCGCACUGAAGGCGCCAGCGAUGAGGCCAUGAGCGCCGCCAGCAGCACCGUAGUGACCCGACGGACGGUGACACCGAGCAAGACCAUCCGUCGCGUCCUCAUCCGGAAGACGGGCGCGGACGGCCAGGUGCGCGAAGAAGUGCAGUUCAUGAACGCCGACGGCAACGUGGUGAACAGCGACGGCAGCGCGCUGGUCAAGACGAGCAGCUUCUCCAGUGUGAGCGGCAGCGACGCACCGGGCUCCAGCUCUGGUCGGACAACGGUGACACGCCGUGUAGUUUCUCCUGGUCAAACGCUUAAGCGCGUGGUGAUCCGUAGGAGAGGCGCGGACGGAGAACUGCAUGAAGAAGUGCAGUACGUCGACGCUGACGGUAACGUGAUCUCGACUGAAGGCGGGGCGGAGGAGACUAUCACCGAUGGCUCGACGGACUCUUCUGGUCGCCGCAAGGUCACGCGUCGGGUGAUUCGCCGCAUGCUUGUUCGGAAGGACGGUACCAGAGUUGCAGUAGAGCAGUACCUGGACGCGGACGGCCAGAUCAUUGAGGGCGAAGGCGGAUCUCUCGUUAGUGUCGGAAGCUUCACGGGCAGCGUCAGCAGCGUCACGAGCGACGGGUCCACAUCAAGCCGACGCACGGUCACGCGGCGUGUUGUGGCGUCUCCGGUCUGCCGCACUGUCGUCCACAAGGCUGGAUCAAGCUCCGGCGCCGAAUCCGAGGACGACGUGCAGUCUGUCGACGGCGACGGUGUCGACCUUGCCAGCAGCGGCAGCUUUACGACGAGAACGGUGACGACACAGAGCACUCCUGGACGUCGCAUCAUCACGCGGCGUGUGGUGACUCCGCAGCGCGUGGUUCGACGCAUGGUCGUCCGCAAGGGAACUGCCGUAUCAAGUUCUGAGGCUGGAGUUGAAGAUGAUCUGGACAUUGACGCGGAGUUUGUCCACAGCGAGGGAAGUGGCAGCAGCGACGAAUCCGUGGGUGGAUCCAGCCGUGGAGGAUCGAGUCGUGGCGGCUACUACGUGUCGGACCGCAUCGUGAUCCCUGGCAAUGAGACGCGGCGUGUUGUUUCACGUACCGUGAUGUCGUCGAACCAGUCGCCGGAGGAAGUUGAGAGCGAGACGAGCGUUGCCCCCACUGAGAAGUCCGUAAACAGUGUCACCACCACGUCGAACCAGAACGAAGUGACCACGCCUACGCGCAUCGGAGUGGCGACGGUGACGGAGCCGCAGGAGGGAUCCACCAGCCCCGAAGCUACGAAGAAGAUCGGACUGACGCCGGGUGUGAUCUGGGACUACUUCACCAAGGAGGAGGAAGAGGAGGACAAGCCUUCGUCAAGCCCCGAACAAGCGGCUGGAGAAAACCAAGUGGUGGAGCCCUCGUCGGAUGAAGAGAAAGCGCCCAUUCCGGUCACGUCUCGUACGAGUACAACGACCAAGACUGUCACCAGUGGCAGCAGGGAUGUUGUCGACAGUGAAGAAGAAGAAGCACCGAAGGUAAUUCCUGCUGCGCUGGCGGCUACUGUGGCUGGUGCUGCUGUUGUGACGUCGACGGUUGUGGCUGACCGCACGUCUCCGGACGAGGAGAUCGACGUUGCUGCUCCAGAAGAAGGCGCGUUCAGUGUGUCUUCGGUUGAUGAGCCAGUGGAGACUGUGACGAAGGCGGUCGCUGCGCCGGAGAAGGACGGCGAGAAGCCCCACGCGCCUGGCGGAUUCUGGAGCAACCUCUUUGGAAAGCCCGAGGGGAACCAGGCCGAGGCUCCGUCCAGCGAUGACGACGAGCCCAGCUCGCCCAAGGAGCCGACCAACAAGAAAACUACUGCUGGCGUCGUCGCAUCGGAGCCUGAAGCAAAUGAAAGUCAGCAGCCUUCGCAGGACGCGGACGACGACGAGUUCAUGACGCCCCAAGCAUCGUACGGCGUUGGCGAGGCCCCCGAAGUGGGGGCUGCUGAGCCUAUUGCACCUCUGCGGUCUGCAAAGUCUCCGAUGACCGAUGAAGAGCAGCACAUUCCCGAGGAUGGCGAGGUGGCGGCCCCAAUCGUUGAGUUGUCUGUUGUCGACGUGGAGACUUGUACUGUUGCGUCGGACGACGUCGCCGCGAGUUCCCCGGUGGAUUCACCUCGCAAUGACGCGCUGCUUCCAGCAGCCAUCGCAGGCGCCGCUCUUGCUACGGCUGCGAUUGCCCACAACUCUACAACGCCCGACGUUGAACCUGCGCAGCUCCAGCCCGAUGCUGUUGAAGGCGAAGUCUCCGAGCCGGACGCGUCCGCAACUCCGGUCGAUGCUCCUGCACCAGUCACUGAGGUGAAGAAGUCCAUCACUCACGAGACCAAGGAGAGCCCAAAGAGCCCGCGUCACGCUCGCCGGGGCAGUGGAGGCGGCUUCUGGGGCUUCUUUGGCAAGUCGGAGGAGCCCAAGGAGGAGGGCGACAAGGAAGGAGCUCCCGUGGGCUCCAUUGAUACGCCCGCCUCCACCACCGUUGCGACGACGACACUGGUUGAGGAGAGCGAAGAAACUCCUAGGAGCCCGAGCGCUAACGUGGAGUACGCAGCAUUCGUUCAGGAGGCCAAGCAGCAGGUUUCGGUUGACGAAGACGCCCCGGUUGCCAACGCUGCUGUCAGCGCUACUGUUGUGGUGCCGGCGGCAGCCGAAGGUGUUGCUACCACGUCUGUUGUCGAGCCGAGCGUCGCUGUGGUCGAGUCAGUAGCACUUUCUCCCAAGGACGAGGAGGUCACUGAGUCGCCUCGUGGAAACCUAGUGGAGCCUGCAGUUGUUGGCGCAGUCGUCGCCGCCACUGCCCUAGCUGAGAGCAGCCAACCUGCCGAGAGAACCUCCGGGUCUGCUCCGAACGUGGCUGUCACAACGACGACCACGACCGAGACAGUCGAAGAAGAGUCUCAGGGGGGAUUCUGGGGCUUCUUCGGCAAGUCGGAGCCCAAGAAGCCGCGCACGUCGGAUGCUGCACCGAGCGAGGCGCAGCCAGAUGAGGUGGAGAAGGUCAAGGAGACUGCGCCUUCCCCCCGCACUGCGAUCGCUACUUCGCACACUGUCGAUGAAUCCCAGCAAGAGACUCCUGCGUCUCAGGACGUCGAGGUCGAGAGCCCUGACACUGCUACUGUCGACGAAGUUAAUGCGCCGGAAGACUCGGAGGAAGAGAAGGCGCCCGUCGCCUCCGUCAUGGGUGUUCACGCCGACGUUGCCGAUGUUCCUGAGCCCAAAUCGGCGGCUGAGGACGACGAGCCUCACAAGUCUCCACGUGACACGGAUGUUCUACAAACUGCGGCGCUUGCGGGAGCUGCUGGCGUGGCUACUGCCGCUGUGGUGAAGACUCUCGGAGCCAUGGAGCCUAACGCCCAGCCUGCUGCACACACCCCGACGUCUGAGAGCGGAGAAGUAUCUGUUGACGUUGAAUCAGCAGCUCCAGUCGACGCUGCAGCUCCUGAUGCUUCUCCUCUGGUCGUGACAACCACGCACACCACCACUGUGACGACGGAAGAGGAGUCGGAGUCUCCUUCGACGGCCCCUCACCGCAAGGCCGGCCGCAGUAUCCGGAAGUUCUGGGGCGGCGACAAGCCCAAGUCGCCUCUGACGGAAGAGGACAAGAUGAAGGAGGAGGAAGAGCGCCUUGUUGGCGCUGCUGCGGUUCCUGUUGCUGCUUCCAGCGAAUCAACCACUGAGGCCGCUGAUCCUGCGCCCACUGUUGGCGAAGCUCGUCAGUACUGGCAACAGCAAGACCAGCAGAACCCGACUCAGCUCACGUAUGCAGCCGCUGAGGGUGCCAAGUACGGCCCUGAGUCCAGGUUCGAGCCGAUGCCUGCCGCUGACAUGCUCCGCUCGCCUGUUGCUCGCAGCCAGGGAGCUGUCGUCGAGUUCCCGCGAGAUGAAGAGCGCGUCCAGCCUGCGACGGCCGGCGGCAUUGUGAUCACCUCCGUCACUACGACCACCGUGGAAGAGGAGGAGGAGGCGUUCGAGACCGCACACCUGCGUCGAUCGGAAGUCUCUGCUCCUGCUGUCGACACUGUGGACAUAGCAGUGGUGACUCAGUCCCAGCACGAUGUUGAGCGUGAAAGCAUCGAGCGCGAAGCGCCCAAGGAGGAGGAGAAACCCGCUCGUGCCGGUGGCUUCUUCGGCUUUUCCGCCAAGAAGGACACGCCCGAGAAGCCCGUCCCUGCGGUCGCCACCGUCGAGUCCUUUGACGUUGAAGGCCAAUCCGCGUCGACCCCCAAGCAUGAAGCUAUGGCCGCUGCCGCCGCAGUCGUGCAGGUUGAGGAGCUUCGCAGGAGCAUCCCGUCCGACGCCACCCCCAAGAACGUCGGCGCUUCUGCUGCACCAGCCGGCAAGCAGGUCCGCGACAGUGAGCGCCGCACGAUGGUACUAAUUGACGGUGCCGAGCCGGACAUCGAGCUGGACGAGCACUACGUCGCAAUCGCGAGUCCUCGUCCCAGCCACAGCCACAACGAUGAGGAAGCUUGGACUGUGAUGCCGUGCUUUCUUGCGUGGAGCAACCUGCGCCUGAACCGCAGGAGCUGGAAGACCGCUCCGGUUGAUGCCGCUCCGUCCGGAGCUAAUGAAGUUGUGCUGGACGACGUUAGCGGAUCCCUGAAGGCCGGUGAGUUCUUGGUCAUCACUGGCCCGUCGAGGGACGAGAGUCUCGCUCUGCUCUCCUGUCUCGCUGGAUACGAAGACGCGAUGGAGGGCAACGUGACGGUCAAUGGCCGUCAAUGGAACGAGAAGAUGAACCGCUACAUCGCGUACGUCAUGCGCGAGGACCUCUUCUUCGAGACGCUGACGGUGCAUGAGCACCUGCUCACUCAGGCGAAGCUCCGUAUGCGUCGCACUCACUCGGACGAGAUGUGCUUGAAGCGUGUGGAGCGCGUGAUUGAGGACAUGGGGCUCUCCGACUGUCGUGACAAGUUGAUCGGCGGCGGCAUCUCACUGCGGGGCAUCACGCGCGGCGAGCGCAAGCUGCUCGCGAUCGCCACCGCGUUGCUGACGAAUCCUUCGAUUCUGCUGGUGGAGGAGCCCACAGACGGUCUCGACACGUUCAGCGCCGAGAAGAUCGUGGCCAAGCUGCGUUGGCUUGCGUUCGAGAAGGGUCUGACGGUGGCGGUGACGCUGCACCAUCCUUCAUCGCACUUCUACGGGCUGUUUGACGUGCUAUACCUGGUGGCCGAUGCCUCGUGUGUCUACGACGGCAAGGCGACGGACUGCGUCGCCUACUUCUCGACGAUCGGGUACCAGUGUCCGGAGUACAUGAGCCCCAUGGACUACUUCAUGCUUCAGAUGGUUGUCGGCGACCGCGCAACGGACGACGAAGGCGUGGCUCGAGUUGAGAUGCUGAAGCGCGAGUGGGCCGACCGCAACGCUGCAGUGUACGCGGACAACGCCGCGCGCGCAGCGGCAGCGAGUGAGGACGCGGUCGUGGACGACUACGACCAGAAGAACCGCUACUACCACAUGGGCUGCUGCGGUCAGCUCUGGUUGCUGUGGGCGCGCCACGUCCGCCGGCUGUCUCGCUACGGGUUCAUGUUCUGGUGGCACCUGCUGGCUGCGCUGUUGAUCGGCGUAGUGUUUGGCCUCGUCUACCUGCAGCUCGACCUGAACGACCAGAAGGGCAUCCAGAACUUCGCCGGAUCCUUCUUCUAUGUCGUCGUCGUGCAGAUGCUCUUCAUGGCCUACAGGACGUUCGUGUUCAUGCCGAGAGAGACUGCCAUCGCUCUGCGUGAACGCCAGGAGUACCGUGGAGGCUGGUACCACCUACUCUGCUGGUACUUCACCAAGAUCAUGGCUGAGCUUCCAGCUCUUAUCGUCCUCUCCAUCGCGCUGUUCGUGCCCGUGUUCUUGCUGGUCGGCAUCGGCCACGGCUUCAAGGUCUACAUCUACAUGCAGAUCGUGAUGGUGCUGGCAGGUUGGGCCGCAAUAGGCCUCGGAUUCCUGACGCUGGGCGUCCUGCGUCAUGUCACGCUGGCGUUGAUCGUGUGCGCUGUGCUGCUGGUGUUGUUCGUGGCAUUCGGUGGUCUGCUGAUCAAUGUGACGGACAUCCCGGACUGGCUGGUGUGGCUGCACUACAUCUCGCCGGUCAAGUACGCGUACGAGGCCAUGAUGAAGAUCUUGUGGAAGCGCGUGGACUCCAUUGACUGCGAUUGGACUGCAGAGGGCUGUGUGGCUCUCACGGGUGAAGGAGUGCUCAAGUACUACAGCAUGGAGAACCGCUCGGCUCUGGGUGACUCGCUGAUCCUGUUGGCGAUCUGCUUCGGGUUCUUCUUCUUCGCCUUCUGGUUCCUCCUCCUACUGGCCAACAAGCGCAUCAGUGGACUGCAGUGGCGCUACGACUGGAGCUUCAAGGGCGCGUUGGGCAGCGCGCAGCAGCGUAUCGCUAGCUCUAGCAUGAGCGAGAAACAAGCGGCUACGCGCAGCAGCGCGCACCGCAUAGUGGAGAGGAAGAGUCACCACAGCGUGGAGAAGAGCGCGGCUGCCGAGGCGGAGAACUACUACAUCCAAGUGGAGACGCCGCGCGUGGGCGCGAACGGAGUCUGCGACGCGCCCGCGGUCACUUUGGGCUGGAGCAGCUUGUGGCUCAAGGUUCCGAUCGACAAGAAGUUCAAGAUCGACGGCGAGACGCAGCGCCAACAGUACCUACUGAGCGACGCCAGCGGUUCGGCCAAGUGCGGCGAGUUGGUGCUGAUCACGGGUCCGUCGGACGAGUCGAACGUGGCGCUGUUGGAGAGUCUUGGUGGACUGCAGAAGCGCCUCAAGGGCAAGGUGAAGCUCAAUGGCGUGGUGUCUGGAGCAGACAAGGUUGCUGAGCGAGCCGCGUACGUCGCGCGCGACGACUUGUUCUAUGAGACGUUGACGGUGGAGGAGCACCUGCAGUUCCAGGCUCAGCUGGUGGUCGGAAAGUCUGGAGGAUGCUGUGGAUUGAGCUGUGGAUCGAGUGCUGGUGAACUCGAAGCGGAGCGUAUGGACAUGGUGCUGGACGAGCUGGAGCUGACGGCUAAGCGCCACAUGCUCAUCCGCUACUUGUCUGUUUCGGAUGUGAAGUUGCUGGCUAUUGCAACGGUGUUGCUCACGAACCCGUCGAUCCUGUUGGUCGAGGAGCCCACGGGUGGAAUGGACUUCUACUCGUCGCAGCGCGUCGUGCUCAAGCUCCGUCAGUUGGCUCGUGGAGGCCGCACUGUGGUCGUGACCAUGACGCACCCGUCCUCGCACCUGUACGCGCUGUUCGACGUGGUGUACCUGCUUGCAGGCGGAGCCGCGGUGUUCCAUGGCAAGGUGCGCGAGGCGGUGCCGUACUUCGCGUCGCUGGGAUACCCGUGCCCGCAGUACAUGAGCCCCGUCGACUACUUCAUCCGCCAAGUGUCCGCGAGCGGUAAGGACAACGAGACGAGUGCUGGUCAGGCGAUUCUCUUCAAGGAGGCGUGGUCCACGCGUUACUCGGAGCUGUGUCUGGCCGACAACAGCGAAGAGGACGAGCAGCUGGCCGGUGCGGUCGCUAGUCGUAGUCGUGUUGGCUGCUGCGGCCAGCUCUCGCUGCUCUUCCAGCGUCACGUGCUGCGUCUCGCACGCUAUCGCGCCUUGUUCGGCUGGCACGCGUUCUGGAUGAUCGUGCUCGGAGUGAUCUUUGGCCUCAUCUUCCUGCAACUGGACCUGGACGAGCAGCAGGACAUUCAGAACUGGGCCGGCGCCUUCUUCUUCCUCAUCGUGCUGCAGAUGCUGGUGAGCGCCUACAGGACGUUCGUCUUCCUGCCGAGCGAGAUGGCCAUCGCUGAGCGUGAGCACCGCAGCGGACGCUACUACAUGGUGUGCUGGUACUUGACCAAGGUGUUCACGGAGCUGCCGGCCAUGAUGAUCCUGUCGAUCCUGCUGUUCGUCCCCGCCUACUUGCUGAUCGGCAUCGACCAUGGCUUCAAGCUCUACUUCUUCAUGCAGCUGGUCAUGUGGCUGGCUGCUUGGAGCGCUGCGGGCAUGGCGAGUCUGCUGCUCGGUCUUUUCCGUCGCUUGCGCGUGGCUCUGAUCGUGUACAUGCUGCUGCUGAUCCUGUUCGUCGUCUUCGGUGGGCUACUGAUCAACGUGGACGACGUGCCGGACUACCUCAUCUGGCUGCACUACAUCUCGCCUGUCAAGUACGGCUACGAGGCGCUGAUGAAGCUCUUCUGGGGCCGCAUCGUCUUCCUCGCGUGCGGUGGCGGCGACGGCAGUGGAAGCGGUAGCGGCAGUGUUUCGUUCGAAGCUGCAGUGGGCGACGGCUACGCGUUCAGCCAGUCUGGCUCGGGCUCGUACGCGGACGACGAUGGCUGCAUCGCCCACUCGGGAGACGAAGUGCUCGCGCACUACAGCAUGGAGUCUCGCGACGCGCGCAGCGACAGCCUCAUCCUGCUGGAGCUCACGGUGCUGUACUUCUGCAUCGGCUACGCCUUCCUCUCGCUGCGCUGGCGUCGGUACAAGACGCGCCAGCAGCGGCAAUCGUUAGGCAAGAACCAGUCGAGUCGACCGACGGGAGAUACAGUGUCACCGAAGCCCACGGCCACGCUGUCUAACUUGUUCAAGAACUUCAGCAUCCCCGUUCUCGACACGGACAACCUGGGCGUCGAAGCCUGGCCACAUAAGAGACGCCAACACCCAGCCUUCCAGCACCGCUUCAACCCACGUCCGGCGUGGAUGGCCACGUCUUCAGUCUGCAAGAAGUCUCGCUGUAAGAUCGACUCACCAAAGCGAGGCGGGAAGGUCAAGGUCAAGCUCGUUCGCAGUGGGCGGUGGACGGAAGCUCAAGGCGAGACUAAGGAGCUGCAGUACGAAGAGAUAGCCUCGAGAACCGUGACGGCCACUGAGGCGCUCGACGGAGCGGGCACGUUUGUUGGAGGCGUGAUCUGCACGUCUCGAGUGCCAGCACGUGGAGCAAGGGUCUGGGACUACGGCGUCGUUGUCGGCUACAGAUGGGACGAAGACCAGCGAGGAUCACUGGAUGUGAACUUUAACGGGACAGUGGUAGUCAUCGCACAUGAGCCAAUAGCAGUGCUGGAUGUGGCAGUCGAGAUUUACGCGUUGCGGCCAUGUAUGGGCAAAAGUGUCAGUCUCAUUAUGCCACAAGAGCUUCGGCUAAAACACGAGCAAGUGUGCAACAAGUUCAACGGUGUCGGGCAGGUCGCAGUGCGCGAAUCCACCCCGAUUCUUGAAGAAGUCGGCGCGAAACGUUUGGACGAGACGCAACUGCUGCCACCGCUCGACAUUACUAGUUUCGAGAUGGAGUGUUAUUCGGCGAAUCAAUUUUCGACCAAGUUCAAGCCGUGCCAGCCCGCCCCCAAGCGAAUAGUGAAGGCGCAGGCACUGGGGCGGAACUGA